CGGGAAGAAUAACAUCACACUGAACAGUUCAAUAACUAAAAUCUUCAACAAAUUUUGGAAAACGAAAAGAAGCUUUAUAUUUUUCUUCUUUCGAUAGUGUUGCGUUCAAUUCCGUUUACAAUUAAACAUAUUAUACUUACUCGACACAUGUACAAUCGUCUCAGACUUGACCAUCGUAUGUGGGCCGACGACCUGUCGAACCAGGAAAGCGAAGAAGAAGAAGAAGAACGCUGACUAAACAAUUGUGAUAUCAGCUGUUUUUGAUGCCAAAGCAAACCAAGUGCAGGUUCCGUUGCGAUUGCGGCCUCAGAUGAGGUUGAGGCAUCCACCGAAGUUGAACCAGUCAGCGGCAGUGGGAAGCGUUUAUUUACGUUAGAAGUGUAUGUGUGUCCUCGAGUGGUUGGCGCAAGAUGGAAAACUUUAACGAAUACUGGGAGUUGUUUGUGGACAAGAAGGAUUCGAUUGCAAAGGAAAUCAUCGCGUACUACAAAACGCUCGACGACUACGAAGAUGGUACCGAGCUGUCGGAACAGUGUCGCAGGUUUUUCCGCAAAAACAUGAUCCACAGCCCAUACCCGACCUGUCAGCUGCUGAAGCUGUUGGCCAUGUCGAAAAUAUCGGCCAAAAACAGUGCAAUCUACGAGAUCGCAACGGCAGCCGUGCUGGACGCGUUUGAGCAGCACGACGAGCAGCAAACGGACCGUAACAAGUGCUACAACAUUCUUGCCAACAGUCUGAUGUCUGUGAAAGCUAUCGGCAACUUGAAAGCACUCUUGCUGAGGGCGCUCGAACGUAAAGCGAUCGAGAUGGAGCAGCUAAUGCUGGCACUGUUUUCCCGCAAAAGCGUUAAGCUAAUGGUACAGCUUAUGCCGGAGCUGGUGGGGCCGCUGCAGCAGCAUCAGGCCAGCGAUGUGCUCGACAAAAAGCGACACUUUUUCGGCAGCUUGCUCACAGCCAGCGCCAAAUCGUUCUAUGUGCACCAUACGAACUAUGUCCGCUUUAUCGAACAAGUGGCACUGGCAAACGCAGCAAACGGUGGUUCAUUUUCCGCCGCGGUUGAAACGGUCGGUGCCCUGCCGAUUGCCAAAUCGUACCUCAACGCCUACCUGCUCGAGCUGCAGCGUUGCCAGCGGAUACAGCAAACACUGCAGCUCGACGAAACGCUGCUGCCGGCGCAGGACUUUUCCCAGCACGCAACCGUACUGAGCAUGAUGGUGCGGGCCCGAGCCGACCUGAACGAGGUUGACUUUGCGAAGCUGCUGGCUGUGAUGCGAACGAACCAGACGCUGCACGAACAGAUAACAGCCCUGUCCAGUGAACCAGAAUCGGGCGCGGAAAAUGCGCAUGACGUCAUGGCACUGGUUGAGCUGCAGGCACUGUUUGUGCUGUACAAGGCAAUCGAGGAGGAAGCAGUGGCCAGCGUGUCCCAAGAUGCCGCUUCCCUUAUCACCACCAGCAAUCUGGACGCUCAGCUAAAGUGUCUGUUCAAAGAAACCGACAUGCAAACAUUCAUGCACGCGAUGGAGUCCAUCUUUACGAUGCUGUUCGUGCGCGGGGAGCUGAUAGGCAACGACACAAACCUGCCCGAAAGACGAACCUUCCUCUGCAGCACCGACCUGCUGGGCGCAUUAACGUCCAGCAUAAAGUCCAUCAUGAUUACGAGAAAACACUCCGUCGCCUAUCAAGAAGCGGACGACACGCUGAAGCGACGCUUUCAAACGCUCCUCGACCUCGUCAUCGACGUUUGCUGGCGCUUAUCGCUGUUUGACGAACGGCCCUCCCUGGAAGCCACCUUGCCACCGACCGAACCCGCGAACUGUGCGCAACCGGUCCGACUCAUCGAUAUGCCGCCAGUGCCCACCACACUGACCCACAUUACCGAAACCGUGUGUGAAUCAGCGUCCGCGUCCGGCAAUGCGAAGCUGUUCCGUAGCGUUGAAUCGAUCGCUGCGAUCGAUUUUGCCGUUGGGCAACGGCACCGGUACGGCUAUUACGGCACGCUGCCGAGGCACAAAUCUUCCCGCCGGGCGAACAGAAACCCACUGACUGCGACGGGAUCGAGCAAUUCGGGCGGAAGCAACAAAGACCUGCAACGGCAAGGCUCACUGUCGGUCGAUCCGAAAUCGGAAAGCCUCGCGUACGAUCGCAAAGCAACGGACGGUGGUUUCUGGAGCCGAAAACACUUCACCAAACUGUUUGCCACUCCGGAAACGCUGGCGAUUGUGUGCCUCACGAACGACAGGAUGACCUUUGCGAAGCAAAUUAUCGACAAUCACAGUCUACGGGACCGGCCGGUGGGCCGGCUGGUGGAACGAAUUGAACAGAUGCAGGCGCUGAAGGCCGAUCUAUCCGCGCUGAUCAAAAAGAGCGAACGCAAGCGUGAAACGGCGUGCGGCAGCAGCGGCACACAGUCGAGCGACAGCAACAACGACGCCCUGCUGGACGACAUACGCAGCAAAACGGCCAUGGGGUUCGAGAUUUCCAAAGUGCUCAGCACGAUCGAAACGUUUCUGAAGUCGCAACCGGUGCAGCCGGGCACCGAUGCGAGCGUCCCGGUCCCGCUGGAUCGGUUCGUCGCUCGGUACCCUUUCCUGAACGGUCUGACCGGGGCCAAUCUGCACCUCAGCCAGAUCGUUGACGCCGUGCUGAACUUACCCUUCAGCUACGAGCUAAACCUGGCGAUCUACAAUUUUGUGCUGAAAAACGCACACCAAACAACGGACGCCUGCCACCGAUCCACCGGCAUGAUGUCGAGCAGCAUUGCCGGCCAUGGAGGGGAAACGGCCCAGCUGGGCGGAAAUUACGUAUCCUUCUUCGGGAACAUUAUUGACACGCUGCAGCUUGCGCACAAAACGGCACGCGCAAGCGCCUGCCGGCUCACCAUUGCGGAGCUGCUGUCGCGCGAAGUGUGCCCGCUGGAUGCGGUUGAGAAUGGGUUGGUGUUGAAGAGGCGUGCUCGCUUCCACGGUAUGGUCGAGCGGACGGACGAGUUGCUACACCCGCCGGCCGAUGAUCCGGAACGAUCGUACGCACUGCUGGCGGACUCGUGUGGCGGCGGUGGCUCUGCAUCGUUGGCCAAAGUGAAGCUUUAUUUGGAACAUUUGACAAAGCUAUUACAAUCGCUGCUUUCCACUGGAACCGAUCGGCGAGCUGGCGAUGAGCCGCUUACUACCAACCUUAACGAACUCAUGCAAACGGACGCACAGACGUUGAUGUUGGAACGGUUGUUCGCAAAGGAUGUAGCGUUCGCCACCAUGGAUCAAAUGGCCAGCAUGCUGGGCAUCAAUCUGGUCCAAUCGCUUGGCAAGCGGCUGCUCGGCCCGGGCGAGGAAAUCAAACCGAUGCUACACGAUGCUCCUGCCCUGUGGGAAUACAUUGCAAGCAAAAGCGAGCUCUUGUGUCAGUUGUGUGCGAUUCAAAUCAACGGUGCGGAAGCUUCGACAAACAAGUCGCUGGUCGGAAAUUACAGCAAGCUCAUGAAUGCGCCGGGUCAGCAAACGGACCUCCCGUUUGGCUGCAGUCACAAUCGCACGAGUAAAACCAAUGCUAAGCAGACAUGCAAUCCCUUUUCCCUGGACAGCAAUCGACCGUGCUGCAUGCUACAGCCCCAGGAAGACAACGACCACAUUCGGUCAAAAUUGCCUCCAAACGAGGAUGACGUUCCGAUGGAGCAGAAAGCGCAGGCUUUACUCGCGAACGUUGACCAGUACACGGUGGCGAACGAGUGGAUCAGUGCUUCCGAGCAUCUGCUGACGGCAGUUGCCAAAAAUGUCACCCUCCGGCAGUGCACGAUUGUGCCGGCAACACGCCACAAGCUGCAGCAAACAGCGAACGAGCUGCGAACGUAUCUGCGCGUGGGCACCAUUCUUCAACUGGCGUCACCGGACGAAGGUGGUGCCGAGGGGGCAGGUUGGCAAAGGGCGAGGAAGUUUUCCGCCGAAAACAAAAGCACCGUCCUGCAUCAGCUGAUCGAGCUGGGCGAGCUGCAGGUGUGUGCCGACUGGAUCAAGCUGCACCCGAUCGAGGCCGAGCGGGAGCUGGAGAUGUUCAUGUACGCGGUGCACAAGCUGUCGGCCGCAUCGACCGUGGCGGUGAUCCCGACGACGACGAGUCUGGAGCCGGACAGUGAGCCCCCGAUUGCGCUACUGUUUCGAAUCAUUGAAACGAUGUCGGUCGAGGCCGUGGUGAAGCUGUAUGAAACGAUCAUUCUCAACAUCCGCAGCGUGCCGGUCGUCAGCUACAUGCUGGGCUAUCUGCAGCGCAACACCGCCACCAAGCCGCUGUACCAAAAGUAUCAACUGUCGUUAAAAAUAUUCGAACAUCUGUCGCACGACGAGUACGAGGGACUGUGGAAUUUGGCCAGCCGGCCGUUGCUGAUCGUAGAGCAGUGCUUGAUGAACUCGCGGCUGGAGCUGUUGGCCGGUGUGAUGCGCUCCAUCCGGGGGCUGCUGGUGGCGGACGUCUGCGCGCACUGCUACGAGCACCGGGAGUACAUUCGCGACCUGCACGACGCCGUUCGGAGUGGGGCGGAGCGGGAGCAGCAACUGCAAACGAGCACCGUACUGCGCCACUAUCCCGUGCACGAUGGGCUGUUCAUCAGCCACGAGUGCGUCGACUGUCUGUUGCGCGUGUACGCCGGCAAAGCGCUCGAGUACAAAGUAUUCCCAGAUAUGGUGGGCCCGGCCGACACGCUGCCCGAUGGUCCGGUCAGCCGCGUGUCGAGCUACGAUUCGCUGAGCGAAGUGGGACAACCGUUCGUGAUGCCGAAAGACAUUCCCGGUCGCGAUCGGUGGGUGAAGGACGAGGAGGCGCUGCACUGCAUGUGCUGUCGGCGCACUUUUUCGAUGCUAAACCGUCGUCACCACUGCCGGCGGUGCGGUCGUGUCGUGUGCCACUCGUGCUCGAAGCGCAAGCUGCGCCUACAAAGCUUUUACGAGGACGUUGCCGUGCGCGUAUGUGACGACUGUUGGCGCAAUUUGGCGGGUACGAAAGACACGUCGGCAGUGGCGGCAGCAGCAGCAGCAGCGCCAUCGGCCGCCGUAUCGCAAUCGCGCACCUCCGAUACCGGCAGCCAGUACGAGUGGCAGCUGACCGGCAACGAACGGUAUGACAAUGUGAUUCGCGACGAGUACAGCUACGAGUACGCACCGUCCACGAGCCAGUGUCUGGCAAUCUGCAACCUGCACACACCGAACGAAGAGAUGGCCAGCUUCCUGCUGUACCACUGUGCCAAGCUGGAGGCGUUGCUGCGCCCGCUGCAUCCCGGCGUGCCGAAUCCCGAGAUCGACUAUGCACUGGUCGCGCGCAUGCUGCUCAACCUGACGCUCGGCGUGAAGGUGCGCGGUGGCGGCGCCGAGGUCGAGAAGAUGAAGGAACACGCCGAGAUCAUUCUCUCGAUCGUGCACGACAACUGCGAGUCGCUGCUGCUGGACGCCCCCUCGAUGAGCAACCAUGGCAGCUUGCGCAAACUGCGCGAUGCGCUCGUGAAGGCGGAAAAGUGGACGCUCGCCCUAGAACUGUCGCUCAAGUGUGGCUUCUCGCUCAACGGUGUGAUGGCCGCCUGGGGUAUGGCCUGUCUGCGGGCGGGCUGCUACGAGACGGCGCGCGAAAAGUUCUCCCACUGUCUGCCACGCGUUGCCAGCGAGGCGGAGUGUGAAGCGGUGCUGCGCAUGAUCGAGGCACCGCGGGUGGGCAUCUCAACGGUCGUACAGAUCGUCAAGCGUCCCGCUCGCUGUCCGCCACUGCUGAACGAGAUUGUUUACGCGCUGGCGUACACGGCGCGUCUUGGCGCACCGUCGGAGCGCGUCACGGCAAGGGUUAAUGCCGCUCGGCACGCGUCCGCGGGCAGUGGCGCUGUUGGCGCAGCGCACGAACCGGCCCUAAACAUACUGAGCACGCUGGCCAACCUGCGCAACGUGUGCCAGGGUGAGUUCGACGGGGACGUGCCCGGUCCGAAUGCGGAACGGCUCGCGCGCCACGACGCGGCAUCCAUUGUGAUGUGCAGCCGGCUGUUUGAAGAAUCCAUGCAUUACCUGCUGGCGUACGGGUCGCACGCAAGCGUGGUACAGUUUCUGAUGCGCUACGCUCAGACGGAGGUAGCUGCACUGCGCUACAUCCUUGCGCAGCGCGUUGAACCGGAUGUGUUUCUGCAGACGGUGCUGCUGCCGUACCUGCAGCACGGCGAGCUGGAGACGAUCGUGCAGCGGCUGUCGGACAUUGACGAUACGCUGCUAGAGUGGCGCGAGUACAUCCGGUACGCUUGCCGCUAUCUCGAGACGAACGACAUGCUGAACAGCCUGUACAGCUUGCAGCUGCUGCUGAAGGAUCCGAUACGGGCGAGCAUGACGUGCGUGCGCUUCUACACCACGGGCUGUCGCACGUUUGCCGAUCUGCAGGCCGCCGAGCAUCAUCUCAAAACCAGUGUCACCCAUUUGCAGAAUGAGCUGGAACUGUGCAACUGGCAAGAGGUACGGCUGAACAGCACCGGCACAGCGAUCGAAACCCACCAUUCUCUGCUGAUGAAGCUAGAUCCGAAGGAGUUAAACAAUCACAUCAACACCAUUCUGCUGCAGCUCGAUGUGACCAAAUUUUUGGCCACCUGUGAAGCGAAAGGCCGCCAAACGGUUGCCCUUCUGCCAAAGCAGAUUUUUCGUGAAGCUUCCCAACUACCAACGCUCUUUGGUGGCAGCCAUGAUAAGCUGCAGCUAGCCAUCCUGACGCUUGUGUGUGGCCAGAACGUGGAGGAAGCUUUCGGUCUGUCGUACAGAAUCAUACAAGACUACAAUCUCGACAUGCAGCGAGUGUACGCGCUGACGGCAAAGUAUUUCAUCAACCAUGGCAAAAUUGAAGACGUCGGCAAACUGCUGGACGCGAUCGUGAGCAACGAGUGCAGCAGCAGCACGACGAGCGCAGCAACCGAACCGGCCGUAUCGGCGAUCUGCGACGAAAUCGUGCGCGUUUCCGUGGACGUGGCCAUUAGCCGGCACGGUACCGGUGUGAACACGAAGGUCGCCCUCGAGACGCUGAUCAAUCGGGCCAGCUCGGUGGCGGUGCGCAUUCACUGCUACAUCGUAUCGGGACAGCUCAAGGCGGCCUAUUUGCUAGCGAACCGGCACCAGCGCACAGGGGACAUACGGAAAAUUCUUCGCCAGGCGGAACUGCUCGGACAGAUGCACGUGAAGCGGCUGUGCGAGGCACGGCUUAGCCAUCAGGAGAGCAACCCGUGAGAGUGAUAUGGCAGUGCAAGAAACACGGCAAUGCUUUCUGUGCCUCGAUGAGAAAGAAUUUCAAUUAAAUCGACUGUUAUCGAAACUGUUAUACACAUCAUCUACAAUCAAACGUGAUAUUAAUCCUUCUCUUUAACUCAUUGCUCAAUUAGUCAUUUAACCAAAAAAAAGAAACCGGAAAAGAAACUGAUAUUUUUGGACACGUAUUAUACCUGUUUAGAAAAAAGAACAACUGUAAUGUGUAAGUGUUUAAUAAACUAUUUAAU